ACCAACCGGAGGGCAGGAUGGAAAAUGCCCGUCCUCCUCAUGGUGUGCCUAUUGCAAGCUGCAGGUGCAUUGAAGGGCCCGAGGCUGGUGUCCGGGAAGCCUGGGGGAGCUGUCACCAUCCGGUGCCACUACGCCCCCUUGACCAUCAACAUGCACGACAGGAAGUACUGGUGUCGCCUAAGCCCCGUGACACACAUCUGCCACACCAUCGUGUCCACCACCCACUACACUCACCUGCGCUACCGCGGCCGCGUGGCUCUCGCUGACUUCCCGCGGAGAAGCUUGUUUGUGGUGACGCUGGCCCAGCUGUCCCCAGAUGACGUGGGGCGCUACCGCUGUGGCAUUGGAAACACGAACAACAUGUUCUUCUUUAGCAUGAACCUGACCGUCUCUGCAGGCCCUUCCGGCUCCAUCCCCACGGCCACUCCGGCUGCCACUGAGCUCGUCACGGGAUCCUUUGGAACAGCAUCACCAGUGGCCAACGGAUGGACCCCAGGAGCCACCCAGACCAUAGAAAGACAGGGGACAGGAUGGGCCGGAGUCGCUGGGACUCCAGGAACAACAGCUGAGGGAAGGCAGACCCUGGGAACAACAGGGGCAGGAGCUCUAGGGACGGACAGCCAGGGAGCGGCCUCUGUCUGGGCAACGGUCCCUAUUCCAGAGAGUCCGGCUUCAGCGAUCGGAGGCGUGUCCGACACAACAGAAGAUGUUUGGGUGUGGGACCCCAGAGGCUCGGUAGCCAACAGGGCUCGGCCCAGCGAGGAAGCGGGGGAGACAACUACUGAGGCCGAUGGAGCAGAGGAAGAAACAGAGAGGGUCAGAACAGCCCCGGAUGUAGCUGCGAAGGUCACAGGGACCCGUAGGCCAUCAACUCUGGUCUCCGAAAAAUGGGUGCAGGGAAUCCUUCGAGAAGCAACAACUGUUUCUGAGCCACAAGCUCUGGGCUCCAUUGAAGGAACUGCUCCAGCUGCAGGUGUGUGGACCCUGGGCCCCACCAGCAGAGAGAUGGCAUCCGAGGAAGGAACCACCCAAGGGGACCUAGACAGGCCUGCUGGAGACAGCGAUCCCCAAGCCACACCGAGCCAGGCCCCAGCUGCUGGGUCCAUGAGGCCCUGGGGCAAGGGGUCCCCCAUGAAGAGCGCUACUCCAGGAGAGAAAAACAAAUCUUGGAUCCUGAUUCCGGUAUCUAUGCUGUUCCCCGUUACGCUUGUGGCUCUUGGCCUAUUGCAAAAGAAGCUCCGGAGAAAGAGGAUGACUCAGGAGACAGAGAGGACUGCAGGGGUCACCUUGAUUCAGAUGACAUAUUUCCUGGAACUGAGCCUCCAGCCAGACCAGCUGCCUCUCAUAGAAAGGAAGAUGCUCCGGGGUGACUGUCCUCCCCAGGCCAGUCUGACAGUCCCGGAGAGGCACCCCGGACCCCGAGGAAUAGAAGAGUAAGCUGCUCAGUCACCAUGGGAGGAGAACCAGGACCAAACACCGUAACUUCAGCCUUUUCUCAUCCUUCCUCCACCUGCAUGAAGGGGAGCUAAUGGAGCUGGGGCUCCAUCUGGGGAGGCAGGGGCUAGCCAUCCCUGGGCCUAGGAAGGGCAAGCAUUUCCCACAGCCAAAGGUGAUGCUUGACUCAAAAGAGGCUUCAAGAAAGGAUUUAUUAAACCCUGGUGGUGGUCCCCAGGGGAAAGUGGGAUUUCCAUACCUGGGGAUUUGAUAAUAGAAGAGGCUGCCAAUUGCUGUGACAUCUUAGGCAUCACUCCUAGCCCUCGCUAGCUGCCCUCUUUCCUGAGGUCUGCUAGCACUCGACCUGCUGCACACAUUUAAUCAUAUUCAUGUACACGAGGCUGCCUUCUCAAGUACAUCCUAAGCUCCUUUAGAGCAGUAAUUAUGUUGGAUCCGCCUCACUAUGUCCCCAGACAACUUCCAAGUCAGUGGGGGUCCCAGUAAAUAUUUGUGACUGGAGGGCUGACCGGAGGGCAUGGGCUCAGUGGCCUCUGAGAUACUCUGAGCCCCCCACACUUGGAAGUUCCCCUGGUUGACUCCACCAGCAGGUGCUUUCUCCAUGGAAACCAAAAAGAACAACCCCUAUUCCUCAAAUCAUUCCUCCCCAGGAGCCCUCACUCACUACGCUCUAGACCUUUGACCCAGGCAAAAUUUUCUGGGGUUUUCCUAAAUUCAUGGAUGAGGAGGGUGUUUUUCAGUAGAUCCUCACCUUGUUCAUAAAGCUCCACUUGUUCAACUGCUUAUAAAUCUUUGAUAUCAAGGACUGUUGAUAAAGCUGAGACAUGGUCAUUUUAGGGGGAGGGAGGUGUUAACAGAAAAGGUGGCCAGAAGGAAUUUUAUGUGGAUUCUGCUUUAUGACCAUUUCAUCCCAUGCCUAUUGGGGAACUUGCCCUCUACCCUUGGUCCCACGGCUCUUUUAUUUUGUCAAAUCUGUUAAUCAGCUGUCUAAGCUUCAUGUUUGGGCAAAGCAGCCUUUGAGCCUUGGAAGAGAAAGAGAAGAAAGACUCUGAUAUCGAGUUCAGAAUUGUCGGGUCGACAUUUCCAGAAGAAUCAGCCCUGCCUCCUCCCAUGCUGUCAGCCACAGUAGAAACCCUUCAUUAAUACCUCCUCACAGCUGGUACCGAGCACAGACACUGUCCACAGAAAAUCAUGGCAGUUUGGUCUUUAAGGUUGGUGAGAGAGACCCCAUUUUUUUGGAUAAGGGGUGGGGGGCGUUGAAUGUAUCUAGCCAAAUGGAUUGUAGACUUUCAGAGCUAAUAGAUCCUUAGAGUCUAGGGGAAGUAACUGAGGCCCUGUGGGGAAAAGAAUUUGGUUAAACCCAGUGGGUACUUGAGCAAGGAUCAGAAAAGGGACCUCAUAACCUUGAUCUUGUGCUUUCCUCACUUUGCCAUUGCUAAACAGUGUAUCGAAGCCAAACUAAUAAAAAAUAAAAAAAAA